CGGUGCCAACUCCGUGCACCUGAAUGUUUAUUUACCAACCUAUCUAUAUUAAUACAACGAAAUAAAUAGUGUGUUUACAACAGUGCUUUCCCAAUUGUGCUCCUGCGAAGCAACUUCUUACGGAAGAAAAAUUUAUAAAAGAUCGACCAUAAUGGAAGAAGAUCCCCGGCCAGGAUGUCAGCUGCGAAGGCGGCGCUGUUUCGCCAAUCCCAAUCUAGCAUUGAACUUCGAUACUGGCUACAAUAUUAACGAAGGCUGUACCAGUCAAGGCACGCCUUCGCCCAGUUACUUUAAACUAACGCCCAGUACAGUGCCAAGCUCAGCGAGGCUUCUACAAGAGUUCAAGAAUAGACAACAGUCGUUUGAUAUACAGGUGGAGGACUGUGAAGAAAUCGAAAUAUUGAUAGAAAGUGAUGACGAAGCUGGCGAUGGAGAGGACAACGCAACAGCAGUGGUCCCAAACCGACCCGUCACUCCGACGCCAGUGCAAGACUUCGGCACCAGCGUCGUUUAUACGGAAGGCCCCCAAUCGUCCAGUUUCCUGAAAGUUAAAGUAAUAGAACAAGAUUGCUACACAGACGUAUCCGACGCCGGUUCUGACGACGAUGAUGAAGGUGAUGAUGAUGAAGAGGAAAAAAAACAAUAAAACACCCAAAUUACCCUCUUACAAUAGUUAAGUAAAUGUAACAUUUUUAUACUAAAGAAUUAGAACUGUAAUAUUCACAAACAUGAAAUAUGAAGUCUUACAUGCUGAAAACCAAUAAGAUUUAAACCUACCAAAAAUAUAACUGGCAGUACAUUUGGAUUUUGUUUCGUAGUAAUGUUUGUAGUCAAAUACAGUGUUAUUUCGAUUUCUUGCUUGUCUUCUCAGACACUGUUGGGUUAACAUAUACAUACUAUAUUGAACCCUUAAAAUAAUUGCACAUUUCUAUUCAAUAGAUACAAUUACAACUGUAGGACAUAAUGUGACCUGUGACACGACAAUGUAAUUAGGGAGUUAUUGGCACGACAAUCUCAUAAUUAAGUUAACAGAUUAAAAUUAGCAUGUUUUGCCGCAAGGUCUCAGAUCUUCACGAUUGUCUUUUCUAUUAUGCCUGAGUCGUAUUAUGUAUAGUAUUAUCAUUGUAUUUUAACCAAGUAUGAUUUUAAAGAUAUUAAAUUUAUUUAUAUACC